CUGGCUAUUGGACUUCAAGUUGGCAUCAUGGCGCCAGUCGCCUGCCGCCGCUUUGCUGACUGCGCUUCUGCUUGGACCUACUACUAUACCUGGGUAGAUUCGUUUCGAGGGAGAACAAUUUCCAAGCGGUCAACUCUGGGAGAAAGAAGCUUUGCUCUCUUCAAUGUUGAAGGAGCAGGCUGCCUUUCCUACGAUUGAAGCAAGAUCACGCAGCAAUCCUAGUGAAUGCAAAUUUGCUCACAGAUUGCAGAGGAACGCACGAAGAGUACGGGCAUCAGAUGGGGAUCAGAUACUUCAUUCCGGAGUCUGGCAUCGCAUUUCAAUGGGGGAACACAAUUGUGAGUUGAGAGCAAGCGUCUAGAAAAGGUCCGACCUUUGCACCCAGAGAGUUGGUUCUUGAUUCCAAAAACGAUUUGGGUUUCUGUACAGCAUAUUGAGGGAAGCAGAGAUUGUUUAAGAGGAGCACUGUUAGGUUGCAUUUUUGUGGAGGGCGUUCGUCCUGGUCCUGUCCUAUUAAAGUGAGGCAUAUCAGUAGAUGGCAAGGACGGGAGGGUUUAUUGACAUUGCUCGCCGUAAGCGGCCAGGUUUGAGGGGUGCAGUGCGCCAGGCAAUAAGGACACAGAAUUUGUAAAGCUUCACUGCCUUCAAUCUAACCUUGAGAAGGCCAGGAAGAAGGCCUUUCUCUCCCUCUGAUUUCAAGACGGUGACUACUUAGGGCAGGCUUAGAGUGGACUUGUCUGCUUGAGGUGACCGGAGCAGCACGAGCAUGCGCCUCAAGUAACCAGCCAUGGGGGAGAAGGCGCUUGUGGUUGCCUCAGAAGGGGACCCCUUGAGGGAAUUAGCAGCAGAGUGCAUCAGCCUUCUGCGCCACUGUAUAGACUACGCUUCAGAAGCGGAGGACGCUCUGGUGCAAUGUAGGAUAGGAGAUGGCCUGCUGGCAAAGUUUGCCAGGAUGAAGCAGGCAGAGGAGGAGUCUGGGAAGCGGUCCAAGGCGGUGGAUGAUUGGCUGGCAGGGAUGGCCACUGCCUCGGAGCCUGUCCGGAGGAACAUGCAUGGAAUGAGAGAGAAAGCGCGGAAGCUGAUAGAGAAACGGAAACUGCUGAAGGGCCUCCAUGGGGCAGCAUACUUCCACAGAUGGGUCACAAUGAACAUUGCGGAGUACAGAGAACACUUUACCCGGCAUGCGCUAGACCUGGAAAAGAGCCUAAGCAACUUCCGAGUGUUGGGACGAAUGGACCCGAAGUACGGUCUGUUUGACAUUCUUGGUCAAAUCCAGAACGAGGACGCGCGCAGGUUCUGGAAGGAGGCAAUUUCUUCCGAGGUGUGGCGGGCGGACUGGAAGCGCUUCAGCGCCGCCAUCCACAAGCACAUGGAACAGUGCGGGUUGCCAAUCGGGGAGGAGUCCACCAACAGAAUAAAGUACGCCGUGUGCGUUGGCCACGGGGACUCUGCGGGGGUCUCCUGCUUCGCCUUCAACGCGGCGGCGCAGCGGCACGGCUUCCCCUUCGAGACGGCGUCCAUGCCGGACCGUCCGCACAAGGACGCGGACAAGUCCGAGCUGACUUUGGGGGAGAAGCUGCUGCUCGCGCGCGAAGUCGCAGAGCUGGUGCAAAAGUACCAGAGCUACGAGAUGGCGAACGCGAUCCGGGGGGUGAAAGAUUACGUGGCGGGCGAGGGGGCGGGCGCGAGCGACCGGUGGGCGCUCUGCUUGAAGGACACCCAGCUGUUGGGGCACACGAAGGAGCAGCACAAGCGCGCCGCCAAGCUGGACGAGUUCCGGCGGAAGUGGACGCACUUCUUCACGCGCUUCAUGAUGCUCUGGCGGAUCGGCCCGGUCGCCCACGACCUCUUCGCGGACCUCGACUUCCCCAACCAGUCCCACAUCACCGACUUCCUGCGCGUCGUCGAACCGUUCGACGAGGCCGCGCUGCGCAUCCUCCACAAGGGCGACAAGGGCGAGUGGGACCGGCACCGCCCCAAAGUGUACACCUUUUUGCGCCUCCUGCUGCGCGAGAUGAAAACGCCGGAGCUAUCCAUUCCCCCCCCGGUCGGCUGGCAGUCGGCCGGCGUUACCGUUGCGGGUAUUCCAAACAUGAUGAAAAAGCCGUCCCUCCGGCAAAAGGGGGCCGGGGAUGGGAACCACAUGGGGAGUCCUAGCGUCAGCAUGACCAGCGGGAGCAGCGGGCUGUAUAGCCCGGGGUUCCCGGACACGCCGAAUAGCACAAUGCACUCAGAACAUUGAUAGACUGUUGUUGCAAAUACUCGCGUGACUUAGGAUAUCGAUGUAUCCGUUAUGCGCACAGCAUUGUUCCAGGAUGCGAUCAGACCGCUACGCAGAUAGAGAGGGUACCGCUGAGCGAUGCAUUCGGGACUGAGAGAAACGCGAGGGAACGUCGAGACGAGUUUGCAGGGAUGACCAACGUACGGGUAGUGCGAAAGCGUUGCUAUGCACGCGCUGCAUCGAGACCGACUUAAGUCGACUGAUGCCAUCAGUGUCGGCAAGACGAGACUAAGGCUUCAAAGAUAAUUUGUUGAGCUACUUGAUUUCCUGAUCAGAACAGUUAUCAGCGUACAUCACUGUUGCAUCUUUAGUAAGAUGCAUGUACAUACCAACCAUCCAACAAUAAAGAAAACGAGUUUGCAAAAGCAUCUUAGCUGAUCGAGGCUUAAAGCAGCUUUACAUACAUGCAGACUGAUUCAAAAUUCAUCAAUCAUAAAAUGGAAAGCCUAUCGUGAU